UUGGUUCAUCAGAGUGUUUGAUGGCGUAGUCUUUGGCCCGAGCUUUUACCGUUGAACCUCGUUAUGAACGUCACAUCUUCAUCCUCAGCGAUAUUUCACAGCAUUUCACCAUUGACACAGUAACAAUCAUUAUUGAUUCUAGGUGACUAAGGACUCAUACUGACUUGAGACGGCAAGGUAUCCUAAAUAAGUGAUAUCUCCAUGGCAAGUGUGUUGCGUUGUAUAGCGGUCAUGCGCAUUCACGCUAUACCAUGAGCCCCCCUCCAAGUACACCUACGCCCAAAAGGUUUCUUUUGCCAAAACGGGGCACGCAGUCGUCGCAAGCUCCUGCGACGUUACCGCGUUUCCAGUCAACUCCUCGAUUUGCCUCCUCAUCUGUUCCGAGGCCAACACAGGCAAGAACCGGCAUAGAUAUUGAAGACGUUGAAGAAGUAGGAGAUAAUUCACAAGAAACUCUUCCAGAGAGCGAUGAACCCCAAGUUCAGCUCAGACAGCAUGACCCAAUCCAUGACUCCAUCGAAAUCGAGUCUGAUGCCACUGCAUCACAAGGUGGCAGCAUAGCCAUUUCAGAUAACGAACCAGAUGCUGUUCUUCAAGACUCUCUGGAACUUGAGAUGUCUAAUUCUACACUUUCGCAAUACGACUAUCCCUCAUUGGAAGAGCGGGAACCGAAACGGCGAAGGGUAUCGAGUUCACCUCGGCGAGAAUCUAGCACACCAGAGGAGCAACGUGACCAGGGCAGUGAAUCCCCAGAAGAGGCUUACGAAAGUGGCCUUAUGCCAUCAGAAGAGUUUACACAGAGUAUCCAAGAUGUUAUCAACCUCAACAAUGAGUUAAAACCUCUUCAGCAGCCAACCUUUCAUGCGCCACCGCGCUUCAAGCCUGUCGACCUCGACCCCGCAGUGGAUGGCCUACCCGCAGCGUUCUCCCCCCAGCGUCGAGGAGCAAAAUACGUAGCUGGUGGAUUAGCUGCUGAACUCCAAGGCUGGCUCUCUGAAGUCAAGGGCUGGGAAGGUAUGGCACCAGCGACAACUCUGACCAAGAAAGUGAUUAUAGAGGAAAUUCGACCAGGCCGCCGAAUGUACCUAGUCAAAGCGCGGACCGGCACAUCUGGAGAGGGUAGAUACCUGCUUGCAGGCGAAGGUAGGUUAACAGGCCUUGGCCAGAGGAUGCCGGUGACGCUUGGGAGUGUUGUUGAUGUGGGACAGCCUGUAUGGGAUAUUGUGUUGGAUGGACAAGUUUGGACGGUGGCGUGCGAUUGGGGUGUACCUGAGAGCGGUAACAAUGGUGAUUGAAUCAUCUCUCAGCAGUAUAAGAAGUGGUUAGGUUUCAAGAGGGUAUCCUGUCAUCAUUGCGGGCCGGUAUACACGGUGACCUCCAGGAUCUACCAGUCGUUUCAGAGUCGAGUUGCUAUAAUACAACUGGCUCUUUCGUAAUCCUAAUCUGCAUAUAUUGUUAAUCUCUUGAAUAAGGCAACUUCCCCUUCUUCAUCAGCCUACCGAAGACGCUUUGUUAGCACAUACGACCAUACCUGCAGUAAAAUACGGGAUCCCGUCCGCUC